CCGCUGCUCCGCUGCUCCGCGGCAGUCCGAACAGGCCACUGCAACACGCGAGCAACAAGUAGCAAGUAGAAGCGACAAUGGGCAUGGAGAGGUACGCGGGCCGCGUCGCCCUGGUGACGGGCGCCAGCUCCGGCAUAGGAGCCGCCAUCGCGCAGGCGCUGCUCAGGAGGGGACUCACCGUCGUUGGGCUGGCCAGGAGGGUCGACAGGGUCAAGGCUCUAGAGCUGAAGGACGCCCCCGGUAAACUUUACGCUAUUCAAGGUGACGUUAGCAACGAGGACAGCAUCCUCUCAGCAUUCAAGUGGAUCAGGGAAAACCUGUCCGGCGUCGACAUUUUGGUUAAUAACGCCGGCUUGGGAAACAACUACGAUUUGACGACUGGUAAUACAGAACACUGGAAGCGCAUCCUGGACGUCAACGUGCUGGGCCUAAGCAUCUGUACCAGGGAGGCCGUGCAGGACAUGCUGAGGAGGGGCGUCGACGACGGCUUCAUCAUCCACAUCAACAGCCUGGUGGGACACAGACCGCCCACCUACCACAACACGGCGGUGUACUGUGCGAGCAAGCACGCCGUCAAGGUGCUGCUGGAGGGACUGCGGAAGGACCUGGUCGCCAGAAACAGCAAAAUCCGCGUUGGGGAAGUUUCUCCGGGAGCUGUGCGAACUGAGUUCCUCACGAACUUCCCUGGAAUUCCUGCGAACCAGUACGACUUGGUUCCCUGCCUGGAGUCGGAAGACGUCGCGGAGGCCGUCCUCUACAUGCUGUCGCAGAACCCACGAGUCCAGGUCCACGACGUCAUUAUCCACCCAACAGGCAGCAGCUACUGAAGUCGCUGUCGUUCCUCUGUUACAUUAAUUUAUACAAAGUAAACGUCAUAUAACAAGUUUCAUUGGUGUUGUGGAUAAUAAAUGUCACACAAGUUUGUGUUCCGCAUUCUCUUGACAUGUAGCACAGCAUAUGUAAAUAAAAUGACAUACAUCUAGAAA